AGUUUUGAUAUUUAGGUAAUGAGCAGACAUCCGACAAGAUGGCGAUGAAAUUAUCAGACAUUUUGCCAUCUCCAAGCCAGCAUGUCUUUGAUAGAGAAGAUGAUGAACGUCAACAGAGAGCUCAGACACAGCUGCUCCCUGUUAUGAGCAGAAGAACUGCCCCACCAUAUGGUCACAGAAAAGGAUGGAUUCCAAGAACACAGGAGGACUUUGGAGAUGGAGGAGCAUUUCCAGAGGUUCCAGUGGCACAGUUUCCACUGGGAAUGGGGCAAAAGAAGUCCACAUCAAAUGCACUGGCAGUUCAGUUAGACAGCAGUGGGAAAAUCAAGUAUGAUGCCAUUGCCAGAUAUGGCCAUGGGAAAGACAAGGUUGUUCACUCAAAAUUUCAAGACCUAGUUCCAAAACAAAUAGAUGAAGAUGACCCAGACAUGCAGCUACCUGACGAGGAAGCUGUGAUGGACACCACAGAGAAAACAAGGCAGGCCCUGGAGAAACUGGUGUCCACCAAAAUCUCUGCUGCGCUGCCGGUCAGAGCUGCCGAGAAACAGGCCCCAGCACAGUAUAUCAGGUACACCCCAUCACAAGAAGGAGUGGCAUUCAAUUCAGGUGCAAAACAGAGAAUCAUUAGAAUGGUGGAGGCACAGAAAGACCCCAUGGAGCCUCCAAAGUUUAAGGUUAACAAGAAGAUUCCUCGAGGCCCACCCUCACCACCCGCACCUGUGAUGCACUCCCCCAACAGAAAGGUUACAGUAAAAGAGCAACAAGAAUGGAAGAUUCCUCCCUGUAUUUCAAACUGGAAAAAUGCCAAGGGUUACACAAUUCCUCUUGACAAGAGACUUGCAGCAGAUGGAAGGGGUCUGCAAGGUGUCCACAUCAAUGAAAAUUUUGCCAAACUUGCUGAGGCCUUGUACAUAGCUGACAGAAAGGCAAGAGAAGCAGUUGAAAUGAGGGCCCAAAUAGACAGGAAGAUUGCUCAGAGAGAAAAGGAAAAGAAAGAGGCCACACUGAGACAGCUGGCUCAGAAAGCUAGGGACGAAAGGGCAGGAAUCAAACAACAUGACGAUGAAGAAGUCACAGAGAGGGAUGAAAUCCGUAGAGAGAGACAAAAGGACAGACAGCGAGACAGAAACUUGGCCCGGGCUGCCCCAGACAGAAGAUCUCGAAUUCAGAGGGAAAGAGACAGGGACAUCAGUGAGAAGAUUGCCCUGAACAUCCCAGACUCCCGAGCCGGGGGCAGUGGGGAUGUCCAGUUUGACCAGCGUCUCUUUAAUCAGUCUAAGGGUAUGGACAGUGGUUAUGGGGAUGAGGAAGCAUACAAUGUUUAUGACCAGCCCUGGAGAAAGGAUCACUCACAGAUUGCUAACAGCAUCUAUCGACCCUCCAAAAAUGUAGACAAGGAGAUGUAUGGUGAUGAUUUGGACACUAUUAUGAAGUCUAACAGGUUUGUACCUGACAGAGGAUUUGCAGGAACAGACAGGAAUGCCAGAAGGGAGGGACCCGUCCAGUUUGAACAAGAUGAAGAGGAUCCCUUCGGUCUGGGUCAGUUCUUGGAGCAGGCCAAGAGGGGAGAUAAAAGGAAUGCCGACGAUUCACGGUCGAGUAGGGACUACGAAGGAAGUAAAAGUAAAAAGAGAAGGGAGUAGUGAGGUCUGAUCAGACACACAGUGACUUCAUCUCCUGUCUCUACUCAACACACAUCUCAUAACAGAAGGAAUAGAGUUGUGGAUCCUUAAAUUAAGGACAAAAAAUUUUAAAUGUGUAAAAUACUGGGGAUUUAUCUCAUAAUAUGAUGAAUUUGUGUACAUACAUGUAUAUCACGUGAUAUCAGAUGGAAAUAAAUCAUUUUUUACAUAA